UAUCACUUGUUUAUUUAAUUUUUAUUUAUUGCUCAUAAAGAGGAAAAAUUGAAAGGAAAGAAUGGAUCUCUAACGUCCUUAGAAAAUACAAUUCUGCUACAUAACCGUGACUAAGCUUUAGGUACCAGUGUAAAUUUUUUCACAAAAUAUGCACCAUGGAGUCAACCAGCUUUUCUUCUAGCCCUGCUAAAUACUAUGAUAACAGUGCCUCCAUUUUGUCUUUGGAAUCAAGUGUCUUCUGUAGUGAACAGCACCUAAAUGAAAACCCUUUAGAUUGUUUUAUUAUAAAUGUGGGAGGUAGCAGGUAUGUGCUAACUCAAGAAAUGCUGGCAUCCUACCCUGAAACACGCCUCGGUAAGCUAGCAGUGUCAACACGGGAGGCUGUGUUGGACCUUUGUGAUGAUGCUAACUUUGUGGACAACGAAUUCUUUUUUGACAGAAAUUCGCAGACCUUUAAAUACAUCAUGAACUAUUAUAAGACAGGACGUUUACACGUAAUGGAGGAACUUUGUGCAAUUUCAUUCCUGCAAGAGAUUGAAUACUGGGGCAUUGAUGAGCUUAGCAUUGACUCCUGUUGUAGAGACAAAUAUUACAGAAGAAAGGAAAUGAGUGAAACUCUGAAUGUACAGAAAGAUUCAGAACCAAUUGAGAAUGAAGACGAGGACUUUUCUGGAGUAAUCUGUGAAAUGCUGCGGCAGAAGCUUUGGGAGGUUAUGGAGAAACCAGACUCUUCUAAGGCUGCAAAAACUUUUGGUACAUUAUCUGUAGUUUUUGUGCUCAUUUCCAUUGCAAACAUGUCUCUUAUUUCACUGGAUUUGAGCACACUAGAACCCCCUUUCUUGAAUGCAUUGGAAUAUAUUUGUAUAACAUGGUUUACUGGGGAGCUGGUUUUGAGGUUCAUAUGUGUGAAGGACAAAUGCAAGUUCAGUAAACGUGUGAUCAACAUAAUAGAUCUUCUUGCCAUCUUACCUUUUUAUGUUACUGUUCUGGUUGAGAAUUUCCAUGGAGGCUCCUCAGAACUGGAAAAUGUAGGAAGGGUUGUUCAGAUCCUGAGGCUGAUGAGAGCACUGAGAAUGCUGAAACUGGGAAGACAUUCCACAGGCCUUAAAUCCCUAGGAAUGACUAUCACCCUGUGUUAUGAAGAAGUUGGCCUGCUCCUACUUUUCCUUUCUGUGGGAAUUUCCAUUUUCUCCAACAUAGAAUAUGCUGUUGAACACAACAUACCUGACACAUACUUUACAAGUGUCCCCUGUGCAUGGUGGUGGGCUACCACUUCUAUGACAACAGUUGGUUAUGGGGAUAUAAGACCUGACACCACACUAGGCAAGAUAGUGGCUUGUCUGUGCAUCUUGUCUGGCAUUCUCCUCUUAUCUCUGCCGAUUGCAAUCAUCAAUGACAGAUUUUCUGCCUGUUAUUUUACAUUAAAGAUGAAGGAGGCUGCGCUACGGAACCGUGAAGCACUCAGAAAGCUUACCAAGAAUUUCCCCUUAGAUGCUGUUGUCAAUUUAAAUCUGAGAGACAUUUAUGCACAGAGUAUCAUGGAAAUGUUACGUUUAAAAAGCAGGGAGAGGGCAAGUACUAGAAGUAGCAGAGGAGAUGAUUUGUGGUGGUAGAACAGUUUUAUCAUGCCCAUGCUAGUAAACAACAUGAUAUAUUUGUAAAAUAAUACAAAUGGUAAUAAAAAAGAUUUUUGUUAAUACUUUAGUUGCAAAGGGUAAUCCAGUAAAGCUGAUGUUGAACCUCGGAUCUGGAGAGUAACCUGGCCCCAGUAGUUUGGAUUACAAAUUGUUCUUCAAAUUUAUAUUUCUGUGUGUUACUUAUUUUAACUUAAAAAAUAAUUUAUAGUAAUCCUGCAGUGCCUCAUAGUCCUGGCAGGGAUAUGUAAAUGUAGGCAGAUUUCUUAUUUUUCCACAGUUGUAAUUAGCACUUACAAUACAAUGUUUCCAAAAUUGUAUUGCUCCAAAAAAUAGUAUUUGAAAUGUAAAAUGACCUAUGUUGGAGUGAAAAUACUAAAAUUAUUGGAAAAACUGGAACACAGUGCCUCACUGAUUGUAAUUGCUAUCUUGUUGAUGUUUUAUUCAAAACUGUAGAUGAUGCCCUUUACAGUUAAGUUGAGCAAAUUAUUCAGUAAGCCAACACAAUUUAUAGGUUUAUGCGAAUUGAUCUUGUGUAAACUAAUUAACCUACCAAUAUCUUGAGAUAGAAGGUCAGCCUCUUUAACAUAUAAAAUCUAA